AUGUACAAUAUUUUACAAAGAGCAAAUAAAUCAUUACCACUACUUAACAGCAGUUGUAAUGUUGGUGGUGGUAGUAGUUAUUCUUUAUUUCAAAGUGAUAUUCUUGUAAAUAGAAAUAUAAUAUCAUUACGAUACUACAGUUCAUAUUCAAAAACAAACAGAUACAAUAGUAAUAUCAAUAAUAAAUAUACAUAUAAUACAACAAACAACAGUAGUAGUAGUAGUAGUAGUAGUAGUAGUAAGUCAAAGAAGAAGAGAUUGGAUGAUGAUCUAAAUUGGGAAAAUGUAAAGAUUCACACUUCUCUAGAUCCAGAGACUUUGAUGGAGCUACACAAGGAGAAUCAAUCGACAUCUAUCAAAUCAAAGAUAAACAGUAGAGCAGAGAGAGUCGAUAGAACAGUAGAUGAAAUGAUGAACAGUAAAGGUGGUAAUGUCAAUAAGAUGAUAGAGCAAUUGGAGGACGAUAGCGAUCAAUCUUUGAAAGAACCAAUCAAGAAAAAGACAUUCAUCAGAGAGAGUUACACCUAUAUUCCAACCACGAAGAACGACGAAAAGUUUAUCAACGAUGCGCUAAAGUCCGAUGAAUUCAAUGAAGAGAUCACAGAGGAAUCGGGUUGGCAAGAAUGGGACUAUGGCAAGAAGGGUGUCAAGACUUACGACGAGGAGAAGACGCGCAAGCAAGACGCAGCCAAGCACGGACUCUCACUCAAAGACGACGGACUUUUAUACUUUGAGAAAUUCGCAAUUCCACCGCAAUUCGAAUCGUAUUUCACCAAUCCCAAUGCACCUACCAACAGAACCGAGAAGAAGUACUUUAGACGACUGGACGAGAAGCUUCUCGCCAGCAAAGAGAGCAAUCCAGACGAUCGCAUCGAGAAACGAAAGAAACAGAGAAAGACUGUCAUCGAUGAAGACUCGGAGGAACACACCGUGCUACAGAAGAAGUUCUCGGAGCGUAUACUCGAUUUGUUGAACGAUUCUUUCUUGUUUGACGAUAAUGACGGUGUUGUUGUCAAUAAAUCACCGAUGACACCUACAUUCUUCAAGAACAAAGAACAACAAGAAAUGGAACAGUUGGAUAGCGAUGAAAUAGUCGAUCCCAUCUUGGCGAAAGCAAACAUCUCAUUGACCAAAGCAAAGAUGUCGAGUGAUCUUCGUUGGGUCAAAGUAUAUUGGACACGAGAGAACACUGUCGACGAACAAAACAAAGAUAACAACGAUAACAAUGAUAUGAUAGAGCAGUAUCAUAAGUAUCAAAAGAAUCAAGAUAAAAUCAUACAACUAAUGAAUGAUUCAAAUAUAAAUAAUGAUAAUAAUAAUGAUAGUAGUAAUAAUAAUAAUAAUGAGAAAGAAGAGUUUAAUCAAUUAGAAGAAUCAACAACAACAACAACAGAAGAAUAUGAAAUUCAAGAUAUUAUAUCAGAGUUAUCUACAACCGGUGCAAAGAAACUGAUUUUAAGAAAACACAAGCAAGAUAUACCACAACCGAGUAUCAAAACUAGCUCAACUUUGCAUAAGAACAACAUGGUUAAUGUUGUCGGUGUGAAGGAUACAGAUGGAAAAUCCGAUGCAUCUUCAAUUAAUCCAGAGUUCUCUUUUGGUGCUAGCAAUGUCGUUGCUGCCAGCUUUGAAAAGGUUCAGCUCAACGUUUCGAUCCCAACGCUACACGAGAGUUUGAUGGAACCAACAAAGAUGGAGUCGUUGGCCGCCAACGACAACAACGAACAAGACGAUGAGAAAUCAAUGGAGAUAGAUCUACACGAUGAACUGCUAGAGUUGGAGAAUCAAAGUAUGUUGCAACAACAGCAGGCAAAGAAAAAUCGAUAUGAGAAGGUGACAGACGAGCAAAUCAAUGCGAGAUUGGUGGCGCAUACACCUCGACUCAGACUGCUGAUAUCCAAGAAUAUCAAGACUAGAUACGUGCCGAACAUCUACUUCCUCAAGGAUAAGCAACAAAGAAAGAUGGAUGUUGCAAUCGAUCUAUACGAUGCUGUAGUGGUACCGGAACUUCUAAGAGCAGCCAACGCAACCAAAUCACUGCAAUCAAGAAGAUCUGAACAACUAAAGAAUAGAUUCAUGGGUAUUUUCAAUGAUAAAUCACAAUCUACCAACAAUAAUAGCAAUAACAAUGAUGAAGUAGAUCAAGCAGAUGAUAUGUAUAUGGAUGAGAGCUUUGCAAAUGAAAUACUUAAAGAGGAAUCGGAAUUGGAGAAUAUUUAUACACCUGUCAACAUAUUUACAAAGAAAUCAACUAAAUCAAAUAAUGUUUAUAAAACAGAUCUUCCAAUCGAUAAUAAUAAUAUUGACGAACAACAAGCAACAAUUAACCAUAACAACAAUGAUAAUACAUCAGAUGUUAAACAACAUACCAAUAUUGAUAAGAUUAAAUCUAGAUUUAAAGAUUUUAAUAAAUCGCAAUUUUAA